AUGUCGCUCGGACAUCACCACACCUGGCAGCCCCCAGGACACCUGCGGCCUCCCGAUGACCAUCUCGACCCGCGGUCCGUCAAUGGCUACUCCAAACCUUUCUCCGCGCCCCGGACCCCCCAGAUGCGCGCCUCGGUUGAUGCCGAUGGGUCUCACGCGGGUAAUCUGAUAUCGGAAGCUGAUAUGGCUGCCGAGGAGGACCCGCGCAUUGCCAUCUUCCGCGACCUGUACAAACAGAGCGAGGCGAAAAUAAAUAACCUCUUCGCCAACCAGAAAUCCUCGGAUGACGACUCGGGGACAGGCGCCCCCGUCGCCGCCGACAACCCGGACGAGCCAGCCGCUGCCAAGAACCAACGCGCCGACCAGCCCGCUCCGCCCCCGGCACCCCCUAAAAAACCCGCCAGAAAGCUGGAUGAUGAUGACUACGAUGAUUACGACGACGAAGAUGAAGACGAUGCGGAUGCCGACGUCCCCUCCCCGUCGAAACCCAAGUCUCUUGUGCCCUCCCAAGACCCCAGUGGCGUGCCGUCCCCCAGCCCCCACGCUUCGGGGACGGAUACCUCCAAAGAAUCGAAGAAGGAGACCCUUGAAGAGAUUCGCAAGAAAUUGGAGGAGGACAAAAAGGCCACGGAGGAGGCUGCUCGGCGGAGCUUCCACACCCUCUUUUAUACCCUCGAAAACGAUCGUGAUGCCAUGUUGGAUCAACAGCGGCUGGAAGAGUCUGAGCGCCAAGUGGAAGCGGAAAUGUCGAGUCAAGGGAAUGCUGGCAACAAUGCGAACUCUACCUCGAACGGUUAUGGCUCGCUCAGCAACGCCAACCUGGGCGCGUCGAGUCUCACCCUCAAGAACCUGAUCGCUCGGAUUGAUAUGAAGCGCAACAUGGUGCAGGCAUCAGAUGCGGAUCUCCGAAGUCUGAUGAGCGAGGUCCGCAAGAAUCGCAGCAAGUGGGCUAGCGAGGACAAAAUUGGACAGGAGGAGCUCUAUGAAGCUGCGGAGAAGGUCCUCAGUGAGCUGAAGGCUAUGACGGAACAUUCAUCUGCUUUCUUGACUCGUGUCAACAAGCGGGAUGCGCCUGACUACUAUACAAUUAUCAAACAUCCCAUGGACCUCGGCACCAUGACAAAAAAGCUCAAAGCCUUGCAGUACAAGUCGAAACAGGAGUUCGUCGAUGACCUGAAUUUGAUUUGGUCCAAUUGCUUCAAGUACAAUACCAAUCCGGACCAUUUCCUGCGCAAGCAUGCUCUGUACAUGAAGAAGGAGACGGAAAAGCUUGUCCCUCUUAUUCCCGACAUUGUCAUUCGGGAUCGCGCUGAGGUCGAGGCUGAGGAGCGCCGACUGCAGCUUGCAGAGCUAGACGGCGCCGAAGAAAGUGACGACGAGCCUAUCAUGUCAUCUCGCGGCAGAAAAGCACCAGGGAAAUCGGCAGCUAAGAAAGGAACUGCACCCGCUCGGCACACUCCCAGCGGUUCAGAGCCACCCGCUUCGUCUUCGCAACCUCCGCCUCUGACACGCGCUGACUCCGAUGUACCCAUGGAAGGAACGCAAAAUGGGUUUGCAACGCCGCCCCCGGGGACGAAUACCCCUUCAGACCCUGCUGGGGUAGCGGCCGGCGUACCAGGCAGCCAGGGCGAUUCCAUGGAGAUCGAUGGAUUAGCCCCACAGAACGUUGCCUUGAGCGCUCUAUCCGGUCCCAGUGCCGAAUUGGAGGAUCCUGAGUAUAAGGUCUGGAAGCAAGUGACCAAGAAAGAUCGCGCCGUGAUCGCUGCGGAGAGACACCGUCUUUUCAAGGGCGAUAAGUUAAACGCCGAGGAGCCUGCUCUUCUCAGAACAAAAGCUGGGAUGAGAAGAUGGUUGAAGAAUCAAAAAAUAAGCGCGGAAAGUGACAAGGUUCGUGAGGCCAAUUCGCAAGCCAUGGAGCCCGAUCCUGCCAGCGAGACCCUGGCUGAGGGGAUCGAGGUGGAUGAGGACAAGGUGAUCCCUGAUUAUUACGAUGUCAUGUCUGGUGUUCCGGACCUUUCGCCGCAAUUGCUUUGGCGAGAAGACUCGGACGGAAAUGUUAUCGAUGCCUCGGAGGAGUUCUUGAGGAUCCUGCCUAAGGGCUUGUUCACACAGCCGGAAAGCAAGCUUUCUCAGACGAUGGACAAGAACAUGCGACAGAUGCAGGAGACGCGCAAGAUCUGCUCCAAAAUUGGCAUCGUGAAGCAAAUGCAACUGCAGUCUCAGAUGUACCAGAACCAGUUUCAAAAGUAUAACCCCGAACCAUUCGUCGAACAGGAUGUGAUGCCUCACGUAAUGAACGAUGAAGGCCCUGUGAUCGCUCCUUGGGUUUGCAAGUCGGCUUUGCAACGUUCCGUCGCGAAAAUCUUUUACCACACCGGAUUCGAAGAGUAUCAACCGUCGGCUCUGGACGCUGUGACAGACAUUGCGUCGGAUUUUUUCCAGAAAAUCGGCGAGACCAUGAAGUGCUACAUGGAAUCGCCCAAAGUUCCUGCCACUGAUGUGGCCGAAAGCACCUCCGAGUCCCAAUGGAAGCGGGCAUACACAGAACCAGAAAUCGUCCUCCACACAUUAUCCUCUGUUGGUGUCGACAUUGAGAAUCUCGAGUCGUAUAUCAAGGACGAUGUGGAGCGACUCAGCACGAAACUUUCGACUGUGCAUGAUCGCCUCAGGUCGUUGCUGUCUGAGUUACUGCGGCCUGCGUUGGCAGAUGGGGGCGAAGAUGGCUCCAACGCGUUCGCCGAUGGAAGUGAGCAAUUCAUCGGUGGUGACUUUGCCGAGGACAUCGACGAAGACUUCUUCGGUUUCAAGGAGCUAGGAUUAGAUCGAGAGUUUGGUCUUGCUACUCUUAGCGUCCCACUUCACCUUCUCCAGAACAGGAUGUACAAUGCAGCUCAAGCUCAAAACACCAGUGCCGCACAAGCCGUGACGUUGUUUCCGCCUCCCCCUGCGUAUCCACGUAUUACAGAGGACACGGUAUCAUCGCAAAUCGGCCUGGUACAAUCCUUCUUCAAGGCGAAGCUGGAAGCAAACAACCAUGAACCUCUGGUGGAAGAUCUUGAAUUACCCCCCAAGCAAAGACCGAUGGCUGCGAAACCUCGUCUUCCAGCUUCCGGCAAGAUUCCACCACCGUCUGGACCAACGGGGCCAACAUCCAGCCCGCAGAAGCGUCCUCUUCCCCCGAACGCCCCUGGCCAGCCGGGAGCUAUAAAAGCUGCAACUUCGAACUCGGAGCCCAGCAAGAAGAAGCUCAAGAAGAACAGCGGAGUAGCCCUGGGCCUCCCUGGGUCUACCGCAGAAGGCGACGAAGCCUCCACAAACAUGGACGGGACGAAGCUCUCGAACCCAGCAUUCGCCGAUCUAAAGAACAAGGAUGCCCCUGUCGAUGGGGUCUCCGCAGCUGACUUUGCCAAUGUGAAAGGCGAAGCGGAAAACCCUCUCACAUCCGAUGCUGCCGGUGUCCAGGCUAGUGCUGAUGUGCCCAACACGGACAACAAGACCAACGACAGUGCUGUGCCCCUGACGAAUGGAACGGCGGGCGAUGCGUCCUGA